UGCGGCUUAGAAGAUGUUAAAUUCCCGAACUCCCAGGUAUACGGUACCCCGUUGACCUUUUAGGGAUCCAUUCCUAGCUUCACUAGUCCCGAGCCUAAGGACGGUCUCUAAUAAAAAUGGAGAUGUGUGUGGGUUCACGUCGGCGACUCGAAUACCUAGGUAAGUAAGGAAGAUAUAAUACAUUGAAUAAGGUAUCAUAUUUCACUGCUAUGUUUCGAGGAUUGAGAUUCUCCGUCCUGUUGUCACUUCUUCACUGGCUCUUCCCGACUAUCUACUGUAUUUCUGUUUCAUAUCAGACGCAGCACGCAACACUACACCGGCACUCACGAUUAUGCUGAAACCCAUCAUUCCAGGCGUCGCCUUCGGUGCGGCUCUAGCAGCAGCAGGUAUUCAUCAACCAACCGUAAUCGUCGAACAAAUGAGCUUCCAGAACUGGCACAUGAUAACUACGUUCUUGACUGCUGCAGGAGCAAGCACUAUACUCGUCAACAUAUUCCAACGGCUGGGAUAUAUCCACCUAAAUCCGCGGGCCUUCUCGACCAUUGGCAUAUUUGGACCUUUCGACGGGAAUAUAAUAGGGGGAUGCCUCCUAGGUGCCGGCAUGACCAUAUCUGACUCAUGUCCGGGGACUCUUUUCGCCCAAGUUGGGGCUGGCAUGCGAUCUGGACUUUAUUCCAUGAUUGGAGGGAUUCUUGGGGGCGUUUUGUGGUCAGGGCUUCUCCGGCCGACUCUUCGUAGCCAAGCAACUGGCAAGCCAAUGGACACCAGAGACGAUCGCCUUACUCUGGAUAGGUGGACAGGGAUCAGCAAACAACGUGUUCUCAUUGUCCUUGAAAGCACGUUCGCGAGUGUUAUUGCAGCCACAGUUUAUUUCACUUCUCCGAAGUCCAAUGGUUUAGUAGGCCCGGUGGUAGGGGGGCUUAUGAUUGCUGGUGCUCAGCUGACCUCUAUUCUGAUUCGGAAAUCCCUUCUCGGCACCUCAAGCUCCUUUGAGGAGGUCGGUGACUAUGUCUGGUGGGCCAUAGGACAAGGGGUGAGGCCGAAGUCGUACAGCACUAUCGUCUUUACGGCAGGCAUGAUAUUCGGGGCGCUUGUGAUAUUCCUGGCUUUUCCUUCUGCGCCAGUAGCACCCGAAGUUGUUAUCAAGCCCACGAGAUCUCUCCUCGGUGGGAUACUUAUUGCAAUUGGAUCCAGGAUGGCAGGCGGUUGCACAUCCGGCCAUGGCAUAAGCGGGAUAUCCCUUCUCUCUAUCUCAAGCUUGAUCACCGUUGCCUCUAUGUUUGCUGGAGGCGCUGGUGUGACUGCGGUGAUUGGGUAA